AGGCGUUGCGAGUUGCGACUCUCAUCACGAGUGCAGAACAACAAUCGUCUCUGUCUCUCUCUCUCUCUGUUUCCUUUUCGGGAUUCUUGGUACCCAAAAAACUCCAAUCUGUAUUUCAGAUAGAUAGAGACGAACAUACAGAGACGAUGCAAGAUUUCUUGGGUUUGACGAUUUUUUAGGAAGGUUCCGUCUCUGUCACGUUCGAGGAUCGAGCUACCGGAAAAAUGGGGUUGAUUUCCGGCUUGGCGAUCGGAAUUUUGGUUGGAAUAAUGUUGAUGGCUGGCUGGAAGCAAAUGAUGAGCUACCGUAGCAACAAACGAGUGACCAAGGCAGGUGAUGUGACGCUCUUAGGAUCCUUAAGCAGGGAUGAUUUGAAGAAAAUUUGUCAUGAUAACGUUCCCGAGUGGAUUAGUUUCCCAGCAUUUGAACAGGUGAGGUGGCUGAACAGGCAAAUCAACAAACUGUGGCCUUUUGUUGCUGAAGCUGCAAGUGCGGUGAUCAAGGAAUCCGUUGAACCUAUAUUGGAACAAUAUCGGCCUCCGGGGAUAUCGUCAUUGAAGUUUAGCAAGCUUUUCCUUGGAAAUGUUCCCCCCAAAAUUGAAGGUAUUCGUGUGCAAUCUCUCAAGAAGGGCCAAAUUACGAUGGACUUAGAUUUCCGGUGGGGUGGUGACCCAAACAUUACUCUCGCCGUGGACGCGGUAGUUGCUUCCCUGCCAAUUCAGCUGAAGGACCUUCAAGUUUUCACUGUUGUGCGUGUCAUUUUCCAACUUACGGAAGAAAUCCCUUGCAUUUCUGCAGUUGUUGCAGCACUUCUUGCUGAGCCAGAGCCUAGAAUUGAUUACAAACUGAAGGCUGUUGGAGGUAGCUUGACUGCAGUUCCAGGACUUUCAGACAUGAUUGAUGAUACUGUACAAAACAUUGUUGCCGAUAUGCUGCAAUGGCCUCAUAGGAUUGUUGUCCCAAUUGGAGGUGUGUCUGUGGAUACCAGUGAAUUGGAGCUUAGACCACAGGGUGAACUCACCGUAACUGUCGUGAAAGCAAAUGGUCUGAAAAACAUGGAGAUGAUCGGGAGUUCUGAUCCUUAUGUUCUUGUGCACGUCCGUCCCCUAUUCAAGGUUAAAACUAAAGUGAUCGACAACAACCUAAAUCCGGUGUGGAAUGAAACUUUCAAGCUAAUUGUGGAGGACAAGGAAACUCAGGCAGUUUUCUUUGAGGUCCUUGACAAAGAUAUCGGACACGAUAAGAGAUUGGGUGUGGUGAAAAUUCCUCUAAUUGAUUUGGAUAUUGAAGAGCUCAAUGUGCUAGAGUUGAGAUUGCUUCCUGCAUUUGAUAUGCUUAAAAUCAAAGAUAAGAAGGAUAGAGGAACUCUUACCAUCAAGGCCUCGUACCAUCAAUUUAACAAAGAGGAGCAGUUAGUAGCCAUGGAACAGGAAAAGAAAAUGCUAGAGGAAAAGGAGAAGUUGAAGGAAGCUGGUGUUGUAGGGAGCACCAUAGAUGCUCUGGAUGGUGCUGCUUCAUUGGUAGGCUCAGGGGUUGGUGCAGGCGUGGGCUUGGUUGGCAGCGGCUUGGGAGCUGGUGUAGGGCUGGUUGAAACCGGAAUCGGCGCCGUUGGAAGUGGGCUGGGCAAAGCCGGGCGGUUUGUGAGCAAGACAGUCUCCAAUCAGCUUGGUGUCUCCUUGAGAAGGGGGAGCAAGAGUAGUACUACUGUGACACAGGAGAACCCGCCAGUUAGCUGACAUGCGUUUGAUUUCCACUUUCUUCAUGUAGUUAGCUUUAACAGACAGCAUCUGUAAUUCAUUAAUUUCUUUGAGAUGACUUUAUUUUAUUGAGUUAGCGACGACAUGCACAGUCUGAGCCUUUGUUAAUUGGAUGAGAACAAGGUUAGGUGUAGAACUUG